AUGUCACGGCAGCUCCUCAGCCAGCUAGCGGAAGUGAUUCUAGAGUGCAGAGUUAUUGAAAAUAAUACCAUUCCUCAGUGUGCAGUGCUCGACGGCCAAAUUACGUACCUCUCCGCAGCCCAAAAGCAUGUCCAAAGUCUCCAGAACGUGCGCAAGAAUAUGGCAGUCGUACACGGGCUCCAAAUGAUGAAGGACCCAGGCGUUGGCAUUUGUUCGAAGGAAUUUGAACUUAAUCGUGAAUAA